AUGUCGCCACGGGUCACCUUUGACGAUGAGAGUGAGAGUGACUAUUCCAUCGCACUGAUCAGCUACCGCCCGUCUCAAACUGGGCAGCCCCCAGUCAGCAAGGUGCUGAUCCGCCACGGUCUUGGGGAAGACGAGAGGAGAAUCCAUGGUGUGGGCUUUGCAGUUCACAACAGAAUCCUGAACAGGAUCAGCACCCCACAUGGUAUAUCUGAACGUAUCACUGUCAUGGAAAUCAAAACUGGAAAGGCUCACUUCAUCAGCGCCUACGCCCCAACCCUAACAACAGAAAAUGAGAAAAAAGACCAGUUUUUCGAGGAACUUCAGGAUGCAAUCAACAACGUCCCAAAAGCAGACCAACUGUUUCUCAUGGGCGACUUCAAUGUAUGA